CGUAGCUGCAUGGGCCCCUGCAAGAAAGAUCAUCGAGGCACAGCUCGACAAGCUGCAAGCCAAGCCCACUCCACGCGGCAGUUGGCCUCGGUUGCAAUAGCUCGCCGCAUUCUUCAUCGACAUCUUAUAUCCAUCCCUCCAGUACGAAAUUCUCAAAUUAGCAGGCCAGGAUGCUGCUACAUCACCUUGCGCUGCUCAUCUCUUUUGUGACGGCGCACAACCAUCACCAUGCGGAAACGGAGAUACCUGCAGUCCGGACAUAUUUCUACGUUGGGGGUGGCUAUAGUGAAGACGGCAAGGGUGGCCAUAUAUUCAAGGACCAAAUGUAUGUCGAAAAAUUAUCGCCAGUGCCCACCAAACAACAUGAUACGGACCCUAUCGUUUUGAUCCACGGCCAAGGGCAGACGGGCACAAACUUUCUUGUGAAGCCAGACGGAGGAAUAUCAUGGAGCUCACGAUUCCUUGAGGCUGGCCACACUGUCUACAUCGUGGAUCAGACCUUCCGCGGACGCUCCGCUUGGGCACCGAGGGCUGGUGCUGAUGCGCCGUCGACCUAUUCUGCUGAGCUCAUCCAACAACGCUUCACCGCUCCACACCAAUAUCGUCUCUGGCCACAAUCCACUCUCCACACCCAAUGGCCAGGAGCGGGCAUCAUGGGCGAUCCUACAUUCGACGCUUUCUAUUCCUCCAACGUCCAGUUUAUCUCCAAUGCUACCUAUCAACAGAGCACUAUGCAAUCGGCUGGAGCAAAGCUUUUGGAUUCGAUCGGUACUCCAGUUUGGUUGCUUGGCCACAGCCAGGGAGGUCUUCUGCCGUUGCUCAUCGCUGAUGCACGGCCCCAUCUCACGAAAGGCCUUCUCUUGCUGGAGCCGACGGGCCCGCCCUUCCAGGAAGCAGUCUUUGGAUCUGCAGCAGCGAGGAAGUGGGGCUUGACAGACAUACCGAUGAAUUAUUCGCCUCCAGUGAUUGACCCCGCGGUCGACCUAGUACAGCAGGUGUACAAGCCUGCAAACCUGACAUCCAAUAAUGCGACUGUUCCUUGUGUGUUGCAAGCAACCGAGCCAGCUCCGAGACGACUUCCUCAUCUUGCGCCGCUGCCCAUUCUCACCGUUACGUCAGAAGCUAGCUACCACGCGCCGUACGACUACUGUACGGUCAACUUUCUUAAGCAAGCUGGCUGUUCCAAGGCUGAACAUCUUGAGCUUGGCAAAGUCGGUAUUCAUGGUAAUGGGCAUAUGAUGUUUAUGGAGAAGAACAGUGAUGAGAUAUGGGAACGUAUACAUGGUUGGAUGGGGGCUGCUAAGUAAAACCCCAUGAAUAUACAAAACCCUUGUUGCCAACGUCUUGAGUUGAAAAUCACAGUCACCAAGCCAAUCUUUCAGAUAGCUAAAUCCAUGACCCUCCUACUUGUUCGCGGCCUCACGUUUCUCAUCCAUCUCCACAUC